AUGGAAGUCGAGGCGGUGCCUCCGCCGGUCACGGGCGGAGGUUCAGCCGAGGGUUUCGAUGGUGGUGCCAGGACAGUGAAGAGGUUUAAACACCUCAAGCAGUCGUUUAUGGAGGUUUCGGCGGACGGUCCUUCUUUUGAGAUGGAGGUUCCAGUUCGACAGGAAGAAAUGAACUGGUUCGAAGAGGACAUCCUCGUUGCUGACAAGGAGGAUGAAUCCAGUGAGAUUGAUGAUGGUAUUCGAGUGGUGAGGUUCUCCAAGAAGGUGAGAGAAGAUCUCAUUAAGCCUUGGAAGAAUGCUUUGUUGGUAAAAUACUUGGGGAAGCCGGUGGCUUUCUCCCUAUUCCAACAACGCAUGCUUCGUUUAUGGAAUCCGGCAGGCAAAACGGAAUUUAUUGAUGUGGGCUCGGGUUGGUUCAUACUCAGAUUCCAACUUCAAUCGGAUUGCAUGCAUGUGCUUGUGGAUGGUCCAUGGAAGCUCUUUGAUCAGUAUGUUGUCGCCCAGAGGUGGAAACCAAAAUUUGACGCCUCCAUGGCGAAGGUGGAACGAAUGGCGGUCUGGGUCCGUGUUCUGGGCCUCCCCAUCGAAUACUUCCGCGAGGAUGCAAUCAAGGAGAUCUUGGCUACGGUGGGAACGCCUCUGAAGCUAGACAUGACUACGGCAGGCAUUCAAAGAGGUAAAUUUGCGAGAGGUGCGGUCGAGAUUGAUCUAACUAAACCUCUAGUGGGUGUAGUGAUGGUUGACGAUCUUCCCCGGAAGGUUGAGUUUGAAGGGCUUCAUACUAUAUGCUUUGAUUGUGGGGAGGUUGGCCAUCGUUCGGGAUCAUGCCCGAAAAACCGUAGUGAAGCCAAAAUGGCUCGGGGAACUUCGCAGGAGGAAGGAUUGGCAGAGAAUAUGCAUGUGGAAGAACAGCGGACACCUACCCCCAUGCGAAAUAUGGUGCAUGGAUGA